AUGGAGAUUAAUGAGAAAUUCCACCGUAAUGACCUCUGUUGUCUCAAAUCCGAUCCUUCCUUAAUAGGACAUGUUGCUAGAACACCCUAUGAUAUAGUGCAACCUGGAACCCUGGCCAAUUUCACAAUCUACCGCUAUACUCCGGUACCCGAGAAAGAUAUUACUGCUUUUCGGGAAUCAGGUACCCCGCCGAGGGGGUAUGUUUUUAUUGUUUUCGUUCAAGAUUCGCAUGGCAGCGCUCUCGUUCACGAAAACGAUCUGGAGCUCAUUGAUCGCUCCCUCGAGCUUGGUGAGGCGGUAAAGCGGGAUUUAAAUGACACGAUGCAUGGCACAGUGAUCAGUGCAACAACGAAAUGCACCCUCGAGCCGAUUGUUUAUCAACCAGUCGACCCUAUUACGGGAGACCAUCUUCAACCGAGGUUCACAGAGAGACCUGUUGGCAGCCAUGAAGGCUUCCCCGUUUCUGAGGCUCCACAAGCUAGCCCUUCCUUGCUCUACGACGUCCCGCAAUCGGAACUCUGCAAUGCCAACGAGUUCACAGUAGGGGAUUAUAUCAUCUAUCGCCAGCAACUAGGAAUAAUCAUUAGAGUCGACCAUGGUAUCACUGUACUCCUUCCGGACUCAGAAGUUGUAACUCCUCUCGAUCCAAUUGCCUUAGGGGUUCCUAUGCGUGCCAACCCGGCGGAUCUGCUCUCAUUAGCCCGCCGGGAAACAGGGGCCAUAGAAGACGAAAAUUACCUCUGGAGUUCAGAGUCAAGUUCUUUUCCCGGUCAAUCAGUUUUGGCGGAAAAAGCGAGUCUCGGCCGGAUCGGUCGUCGUUUUGGGAGUGAGAAGUCAUUGGUCCAGACUUAUGUGCUGGCGACUCCUGUGGAGGAUGUCCGCGUCCAAUGGCUAUGUCCCAAUGUGUUUUCUCCCGGACCUCAAGAUGAUAUCCUUGCCACUGAGAUGUUUAGGGCAUCAACAUUGAAGGCAGAUGCCAUAAAAUGCGAUUUUUCGCGAUCACCAAAUCAGGACUCCAUGGUAGGUAGCUGUACUUCUCUACUUAGUAUUGGGGAUAGGGUCCGAUUCCAUAAUGAAAGUGCCGCGGAAAGGUAUCCCAAGUAUCGGCGCAUCCCAAACUAUCAGACCUUUGGGUACGACAUGAACAUAUUCAAGAUUGUUUCGACCAGAACGGAGGCCAUUGUACAAUGGCAAGAUGGGAGCUGUACCACUGAAAGUGCCACUUGCUUGCAGGUAGGCUACGGUUGGGUGCGCGAACUGUGUCCUGGUGAUCUAGUUGCGUUGAAGGACGGCAUCAAAACUGUCGACAAGCCCGCCAAUGCAAGCAGUGGUCCUGUGCCACGUUUCUUCCACUCGAAGGGGACAAUGCAUUUACAACAAGUUGGAAUCGUCCAAACAGUUGAAAACAGAGAACGAACAGCUUUUGUUCGCUGGUAUCAAAAUUCGGCUGUUGACUUGACGCAUGGGGGAAAUGUGCUAAACCCAGGGUCGACCAUGGGCCAACUAGAUGAUUCGAUUACACCUGUGUCUAUUUACGAGCUUGCAAAUUUCCCUGCUCUAAAUAAGUUCAAGGGUGAUCUAGUCGUUGUUGCCCCAACAUCCGUUGACCAAUCCAUCAUGGUUUCACCUCCUAUGGGCGUGUUCCCUGGCGCGGAUGAUUAUUCAGAUGAAGAUGAUGAUCUUGAUUCUGAUAGGAUUGGUGGUGGUUGGAUUGUUGAGGAUGAGAGCGAUGACUCUUUUGAAUCUGAUGGAUAUACUCAUGUUCGAGAUGGGAGUCUCAGGCUCAAACUUAAGGAGCUGGAAGAAAACAUGAUGAGUUUACCAGAGAUAUCUUUUGAUAAUUCACCUCCGUCUUCUGACAAGGAUGCUACCGCUGAUAACCUGCCUAUUUCUACAUCUCAAAGUCCCGGCGUACCACCAGUUCUGCCUCCACCAACGCCAGAGUCAUCUCCUCCAGGCUUCGCUGUGUUAGAAGAUCUACCACCGUCGGAUCAUCGCUUUAUAAACAAUAAGACCUCAAACACGAUUGCUGAUCGUGCGAGAUGCAUUCGAGACGAAUUUAAGAUACUCAAAACCUCGUUACCGCCGGGAAUCUUUGUACGAUCAUGGGAGUCACAUAUGGAUCUUUUACGGGUAAUGAUAAUAGGUCCAGAGGGGACGCCGUAUGAGCAUGCUCCAUUUGUGUUUGAUAUGCACCUCCAUUCGAGGUAUCCCUAUGAAUCUCCUACGAUGUCUUUCCAUUCAUGGACAUAUGGACAAGGUCCUGUCAGCCCCAACCUAUAUGAAGAUGGCCUUAUCUGCCUAAGCAUUCUUGGAACAUGGCCGAGUCGGAAUCCCACAGAAAACUGGUCACCUGGAAGAUCCACGUUACUGCAGGUACUAGUCUCAAUAAUGGGACUUGUCCUGGUCAAUAAUCCUUUUUAUAGUAGGUUACUCCUUUACCUUAUGUUCUUGUUUGAUAUUUUAUACUUAAAGAAGCCCCUCCCAGACGAAGCCGGCUUUGAAGUCCUCGCCGCAGAGGAUGACAGACGCAUCGAGUCUUCCAAGUAUACAGAAAAGGUAUUUCUCAUGACGCGCAAAUUCAUUCUGCAUGCACUGGAACACCGCGUACGUGGGCUCGAAGAUGUACUCGAUUGGCAUUACCGGCCCAUUUUGUCUUCGUCCUCCACUCGUCCGCGGCUGUUGCGUAAAGUUAUUGAAAAUGCGCUGGCGAUGAUCGAGCACCAUAACUGCACAUCGGAGCAGACUGGACAGGGAUCUGAAGCUUCGGUCUUCUGCCACCGACUUAGCUUUGGUGCUGUUAUGGUGUUGCGAAAACAUAUUGUGGCUCUUGAGAAGAUGGAGCUGGAUCUAACCGUCUGA